AAAGACAGAAAGCAAAAGAGAAAACACUGAUAUAAUAUAAUAGGUCCUGAAGACCUACUUUGUUCUCGAUAGUUCAUGGAGAAACUAUCCUUUCUAUAUAUUUGUGUCCAGUGCUUAAUUUAGUUUCUGCAAUCUUAUUUAUUAUGCUGGUUUUAUAACACGUUAUCAGCACGAAUCUCUAGCCUACUGAGAAAGAUAAUGUCGAACUAGACAAAAUUGGAAUUUGCAGCACUCGAUAUUUCAGGAAGAAAUUAUUUAUCAUGGAUUCUUGACAUUGAAAUUCACCUCGAUGCCAUGGAAAUAGGAGAAACGAUUAAAACUGGUAAUGACGCGUCCUUGAAAGAUCGCGCCAAAGCAAUGAUAUUUAUUCGCCACCACCUCCACGAAGACUUGAAGUCCGAAUACCUUACGGUUAAGGACCCAUUAACCUCAUGGAAUAAUCUGAAGGAAAGGUACGGGCACUAAAAAGCAGUGAUACUGCCAAGAGCUCGUUAUCACUGGUUAAAUUUAAGGGUGCAAGAUUAUAAAUCUGUUAGCGAGUAUAACUCCGCUCUAUUCAAGAUAGUUUCGAUCUUGAAAUUAUGUGGUGAAACUAUCAUUGAAAAAGAUAUGUUGGAAAAAACUUUUACCACUUUUCAUGCAAACAAUUUGCUCCUGUAGCAGCAAUAUAGAGAGCGUGGGUUUGAGAAAUACUCAGAUUUAAUUUCCUAUCUCCUGGUUGCUGAACAGAAUAACAAGUUGUUAAUGAGGAAUCACGAGUCUCAUCCAGCUGGCUCUAUACCAUUCCUAGAAGCGAAUAGAGUCUCCUUUCCCAAUCAAGGACGAGGUCGUGGCCGUGGUCGUGGGCAUGGGCGUGGUAGCCAUAACCAUCAAGUCCAUGGAGGAUAUGUUCAUAAAUCAGGUAAGAAACCAGAUAUUCCCCUGGAGUGGAAUAAGUGGACUAGACCAGAAGUGUCUGCAAGAAAAGGGAAGAAUUUAGAAAAUAAGCCUCCCAGGAAUUCUGAGGACUCCUGCUACAGAUGUGGAGCGAAAGGACAUUGGUCGCGUACCUGUCGUACGCCGAGGCAUUUGGCAAACCUUUACCAGGCAUCUAUCAAAGGAAAGGAAAAGGAAAUUGAAACAAACUUCAUUGAUCAAAUGCAUAAUAAUCAACCUGACCUUUUUGAACCUUUUGAUAUCUCGUCUUUUGAUAUCUCUGAGUAUAUCGGUGAACCAAGUGGAACGAAAAAUGAUCUCUAUGAUGAAAACGACUACCCCGAAUGGUCCCAGCAGUUAGACUAAAUUAUUAUUUCCUACUUAUAUUGCAUGUAAUAAACUUGAAUGUGUGUUUAUGUUUUUAAUCAUGUUGUAAGAAAUAUGUCAUGUU